AUGGCCGACGAUGACUACGAAGCCCGGGUCACCCAGCUCCGGCUAGAGCGGCUCAACAAGUUCAACGACGACAUGGAGCGCGAGCUCAGCACCGUGCGGGUGCCGGCGCUGGCGGCGUGCAAGAAGGUGGUCGAGCACGUCAAGACCACCCCCGACUACCUUAACGAGCGCCAGUGGCAGUUGGCGGGGCCCCGCAACACCUACCUCGGGUUCCGCUCGCAACGGCACGCGAAGCGCAGCGGCGGCGGCUGCGUCAUCUCCUGA